CAUAUGCUAUGAUCUUAAGAUCCAACUCCCCAUAAGGAACCCGUACAAAAUUUGGUCUUCCUUUAAUGCUCAGACUCAUAGAUUAUCCCGAGACGACCUGACCUGCUCACUGCCCCGAACUCUUGACAAUUUUUUUCAUUUUGGAACCAGUGUUGUAGUAAAAGAGCCAGUUAAGAUGGAGUCAAUCCUUCGCAAAUUUUUAAUUGUCGUGGAUGCUACUAACAAGAUCACGCUACCAAGAGGAUAUGUAUCAGUGGACAUCCAUGAAAGAACGAUUUGUAUCAAACCACAAGACAAAAAAUCUUCGCAUUAUUUCAACAUCGCCACGAAAGUGGACAUGACCACUUCAAAUAGUUUGGGCUCAGAAGAUUUGAGCGUCGUGAUUGACGAUGGGACGCGGUUGGAUCUCUCAUUUUUUCCGACAGGAUCACGGAAUCAUAUUAUUAAUGAGAUCAAUACUAUUGUUCAAAAUCUUCCUCAACCUCAAUAAAAGACACCCCGCUCCUCAAAAUAACAUUCAUGAUUCGGUGAAAUUAUUGAUUCCUGCCUUAAGAUUUAUCUCACUUCCAAAAAUGUUGUACGUAAUUUUCAUCAUAUUGUGUUAAGUUAGAUUUCAUUAAUUGGCUAUAUUUAAACCUUUAUUACACAUAGAUUAAUACUAAAUAAAUUUGCUUCUCAUACAGUCGAAUAAUUAAAUGGGUGAAAUUUUGAAUUAAAAAUGGCUCCAGGAUUUCAAAAUGUUUAUUCCAUAUCCACACCCAAGUACAGAAUUAUGUAUGUAGUCGUAUGCAAAUUAAAUUCGUUACUAAAUUAGCCUUCACUCUGGCCAAAACUAGCUAAAAUUACACUAUAAUUAUACUAUUAUAUUAGUUAAGUUCCAUGUAACGCAACAUGCUUCCCUUCCACUACUUAGCUUUACUUUAGUACUUACAUUACGGUUAACCAAAUAAAUUCAUGGUCAGAUUUAAACCACGAUUCAACCAAACCACACAAAACAAGGUGUUUAUUUUCAUAGCUUUUUCUCAUAUUUUUAAAAAAGCAUGCCGAACUAUUUUAGGCAGCCGACAAUAAACUUGUACAUCAAUUAACAACCCGAUCCAAUAAUUUCCAUAAGAAAAUCGUCAAAAUAAUAAAUAUUCACUCAAUUAGCACCCCCUCCCUAGUAAAAAAAAUGCCAUUUGCCCAUCCUGCCAUUCCAAAUGGCUCAUUCUCAGCAGCCUCGCCCACACCUUCGUCGUCUCAAACGGCCGCUCGAAUCCUGCACCUUUACGACAAAGUGUACGAAACUGAGAACCUUCGCGAGGGGGAAGCCACCCGAAAAACCGUGACUUUCAAAGAGGACGGGGCAGAAGUUGACGUUGAAGAAGACGACAUGUCGUCAACCCGUGGAGGCAGAUUGUCCAUUCCGACGCCGACGUUUGAUGGGCGCCCGGAGAAGCAGAGGGAUCGCAGCGCGUCGCUGGUGUGGGUCGAUUUCCUCACCGCGCCCAGCGACACGUCCCCGUUUUCGACGGAUGAUGAAUCGGAUGGAGAAGAAAGCAGUACGGGGAGGCAGUAUGGAACAUUGAAGAAAUCGACACGAAUUGACGACGCUAUUUUCAACCAGUUCAGUGAUGGAUCGGACCAUAUUUUGAUUGGAAAAUUUUUAGCAAUGCUGGAAAACGCCGGCCUAAAACGAACCGACUACCGUCUCCACGAACUGUUUCAAAGCUUACGCCGAAUCCUGAAAGAACAAGAAGCCAUCCAUCGCGGUCACAUGAACGACAACUUUGUCGGCUCCAUUGAAACGCUCCACAUCACUCGGGACGUCUUUCAAGAGGUCAUCAUCCCCAACAUUUUCAUCAUCUCGACCGCUUAUCGAAAUCACUUUAUCAUCCCGAAAUUCGACCUCUUUUGUCAAAUGGUGGAGGACAUUUUUCUCGACUGUAAGGACAUAACGGCGGGCACGGUGGCCCCAUAUUUGAAUAAGUUGGCCCUGGUAAAUCCGACCUGUUGGGGGGUCUCUUUCUGCUCGAUUGAUGGACAGCGGUAUUCCGUGGGCGAUUCUACGAUGCCAGUUACGCUGCAUGCGCUCAGCAAACCGCUCAUGUAUGCGUACGCUUUGCAAGAAAUUGGCAAGGUUAAAGUGCACAAGUAUGUGGGCCAAGAGCCGUCGGGAUACAGAUUUAAUGAGUUGGUCCUCGAUCCAGAAAAGAGACCACACAACCCCAUAAUAAACGCUGGGAGUCUCAUGAUCCAUGCGCUACUACAGCAAUUUUGUCAUCCCGAACUCUCAUCGGCUGAGAGAUUUGAUGAAACACAUAGAUUAUUUGAGAAAUUGAGUGGUGGAGAAUACGUGGGAUUUAGUAAUGGCAUGUUUCUCAACAAAAGACAAGCUUCCGACAGAAAUUGGGCCUUGGUCCAUUUUAUGAAAGAACAUAACUGUUUUCCGCCAGGAAUUGAUUUGGCGGAUGUUAUCGAGUAUUAUUUGCAGACAUCCAGCAUGGAAACGACGGUCGAUGUACUUUCCGUGAUUGCAUCUACAUUUGCAAAUGGUGGAAUUUGUCCCAUUACUGGACAACGCGUUCUUAGCGAAGAGGUCGUAGCGGACGUUCUUAGCGUCAUGUUUUCCUGCGGAAUGCUUGAAUUUUCUGGAAAAUUUGCAUUCAGGGUCGGACUUCCCGCAAAGUCCAGCAUCGCUGGCGUAAUUCUUUUAGUUAUACCGAAUGUUGGGGGGUUUGCGGUGUGGUCUCCCCCACUCGACAAGUUUGGCAACUCGGUCAGAGGCGUGGAAUUUUGUGAGAAACUGGUCAAAACUUUCAACUUUCAUUGUUUCGAUGUGGACAAGCGUGGCAAGAUUGACCCGACCCGAAGAACAUUGGAAACAAAGGGUUCGAACACAAUUGUUCUAAAAUUUUCGGCAGCAGCGGGAGAUCUCGACUCCAUAUUUCGUCUCCACCUCUGUGGCGUGGACAUGGGGCUGUACGACUGCGAUGGAAGAACGGCACUUCAUGUCGCCUCGUGCGAAGGACAUUACGACAUUUGCUACUAUUUAUUGCGACAAUGUGGCGUCCGACACGACAGGAAAGACAGAUGGGGAAACACUCCGUACGAUGAAGCCAUACAAUUCGGUCAUUUAAAAGUGGCCGAGCUGCUGAGAAAUUGGCACCCAGAAAAGCGACGCUACAGCACGUCGCGAGGGAGUCGAUCUGCCUCGGUGGAUGUCCGCGUUACACAACCAUCCUCCGGACCUGAUGAUGACGACGAUGAUGAUGAAGAAGAUGCCGAAUAAAUAAUUUCAAUUUCUGCUCCAACAAUAAUAAUCAAGUAAUAAGUAUCAGACCUGUUUCCUGUAAAAUUAGCAGUAAAAAAACAUAACAGAAAUUCGUUACCCACUGAA